AUGUCUAAAAAUCAGCUUUCUAUUAUUGGCUUGAUUGAAAUAAAAAAAGAGACAGUGGAUGAAUUUUUAAUUAAUCGUCUUUGGCCUUCGAACGAUUUCGGGUAUUGCUUCUCUCCUUCCAUUGGAGCUUCGGGUGGGUUAUGUUGUAUCUGGAACUCGACUGUUUUGUCUCCUACUCGAGUAGUCACUUAUGCUCGAUGGAUUAGUAUUGAUUUUGAGCUUUCUUCAAUCCAAUUCAAGUUCAUAUUAGUUUAUGGCUGUUCAGCGGCAGCAUAUAGGCUCUCUUUAUGGGCAGAUUUAUCUUCAGAACUUCAGACGGACAGAAUUUGCUUUAUGAUUGGGGAUUUUAAUGAGAUCUUACAUCCGGAAGAGAGAUGGAAUUUUACGGGUUAUACUCCAGGAAUGCAUCAAUUUAUGGAGUUUGUUCAGUCUUGUAAUGUGAUGGAGGCUUCGUUAAGUGGUCGGUACUUCACUUGGCAAAAAAGUAACUCGCGAUCAAAGAUUGAUAGAUGUUUUUUGUCCCCUGCAAUUUUUUCUCUAUGGCCCAGCUUUGAUCUAAAAGCUCUUCCCAGAAGCUUUUCAGAUCAUGUUCCUCUGCUAGAGUGGAAUAAGAAUGUCUUUGGUAAUCUGAAUACCAAAUUUGAGCAACUCCAACAGGAGAUACACACGCUUGAGGCAAACAUGGAUGAAGUUAGAAUCUUUAUGGCACCAAAAUCAAGACUGAAUUGGAACCUAUAUGGCGACAAGAACACAAAAUUCUUCCACACCAUUGCUGCGAUUACUCUCGAAGUAACUUCAUUACCGAAAUUACAGUUGACAACCAAACUUUUUCUUCCCCAGAUGAGGAAACACUACCCGAUCAAUUUCUCCAUGGCCAAACAGUCUAUCAUAGUCCUCAGUCAAACUCAAGCGGCCGAGUUGGUUAAAGAAUUAUCGGAGAGUGAAAUUUUUGCUGCUUUAUCAGAUUUCGACGAUAAUAAAGCUCCAGGAUUUUUUCCACACAGGUUAAACACAUCUUUUUUGGUUCUAAUUCCAAAGAUGAAGGGUGCUUCGGAUAUUAAAGAUUUUCGGUCGAUUAGUUUGAUCAAUGGAGUCUUCAAGCUUCUCUCCAAGAACCAAUUUGGUUUUAUUAAAGGGAGAAAUAUUCAUGAUUGUCACAUGAUCGCUUCAGAAUUGAUUCACUUAGUCAACAAAAGGAAAGAUCAAGUUUUUCUAAUUAAACUUGAUUUUAAAAAGGCCUUCGAUUCUAUUUCUUGGGAUUUCGUUCUUCAGAUGCUAAAUAGAAUGAAUUUUGAUCCAGUCUGGAUUAAGUGGAUUACUUUUUUUUUUGGCUCCGCCCAAUUAUCGGUAUUGAUCAAUGGCGGUCCCUCUAAAAAUUUUAAUAUGGGUAGAGGAGUCAGACAGGGAGAUCCAAUAUCUCCGAUGCUUUUUGUCUUGGCAGUUGAAGGGCUCAAGGCAAUUUUUUCAAACACUAGCAGUUUGGGUUUGAUUGAUGGGAUUCACGUUGAAAAUUACGCUGAACCAGUUUCUAUCCUGCAGUUUGCGGAUGAUACUUUGUUGUUCAUUCCGAAUGACUUGGGGAUGAUUAGAAACCUUCUGCGGAUUCUUCGUUGCUUCGAAUUAAUUUCGGGCUUACCUUUGGGCUCUAAGUCGAUUAAGGCUGAUCUGUGGCAACCAAUUGUGAAUAAUUUUUCUUCUCAGCUAGCAAGUUGGAAAGGCAACUUACUUUCGCCUGCGGGAAGACUCGUAUUGAUAAAAUCAGUCCUUAGCAGCUUACCAGUAUACUUUUCAUGUUCCUUUUCAGUUCCACACUCCGUGAUUAAUAAUCUUGAGCGAUGUAUGCAAAGAUUUCUUUGGAAUGGGUCAGUUGAUCGCAUGGGUUUCAGUAAAGUUGCUUGGACUGACUUUUGUUUGCCGAUUGAUAAAGGAGGCUUGAACAUAAAUCCGCUGCGUUUUAAAAAUCAAUCUUUGCUGCUCAAAUGGAUAUGGAAAUUAAGAACGACUAGCAAGAUAACCCUUUGGUUUUCGGUAAUCUCAUGCAGCUCGGAUAUCUCAGAUUGGAGGGAUUUGGAAACUAUUAAUCUUGGAAAAUUAUCUCACAUGUGGCGGGGAAUAUACACUGCUUGUGUUAAAAAUAAUCAUAUUUGGGAUGCUUUUAAAGGAGAGUUGACAGCUAAUUUGGGUAAUGGAGUUAACAUCGAUUUUUGGCAAGAUAACUGGACUGGAGACUUGUCUAUUUCUACUGCAUUUCCGAGAUUAUUCAGUUUGGCAAAGGAUAAUCGAAUUUCAGUUAUGAAAGCAUAUAGUGUGGAGCAAAAUUCUUUUUGUCUUCGAUGGAAUAGAAAUCUUCGAAUAGGAGAUCAGCAGCUCCUUCAACAGCUUCAAGACCAAAUUGCUUCUUUCGUUCCAGAUGUGGAAAGAAAUGAUCGAUUAUCUGCUCACAGUUCAUCGCUUCAGCAUUCAACUCAUCUGGAUUGCACAUUUUUCUGGAAAUUCAGAAUUCCUCCAAAGUUUCACAUCUUCUUUUGGCUUUUGAUGAGGGACAUGAUCUCCUCCAAUGCUGCACUUGUUCGUAGAGCUUUUGGACAUCUCUUUCCGUCAAAAGAUAUCGGGUUCUAUGGCAAACAAUUUGGUUCUUUUGCGUUUGGGAACUUUGGAAAGCUAGAAAUAAAAUGGACAUGUGUUCAAACUCCGAAGGUAUUUGUGAGUUUAGGUGAGUUUCUAAAUCUAGAAAUGACCUCCAAAGUUCAAAGAGAUCUAAAAGUUAUUCGUGACAUUUUAUUGUCAGGUUACCGUUUCUCGAGUCUUGGAGAUAAUUCGGGUUUGAACGUUGCCCUAACCCCAAAGUUACCUUGA